AUGUAAAAUAUAUACAUAUCUGGUCAAUUAGAUGAUGCUCAGUUUGUAACCUUGCUGAAAUUCUUAGCAAAAGAAAAGAAAGCAUUAUCUAAAGUUAUUCCUCAAAAUAAAUCUCAUAUUAGAAAUUUGGAACAUUAUGGUAUUUAAGAUCAUAAUUUGAAAUAUCGAACUGCAUAGGAUAAUGCACAAACCAUAGAUAAAUGGGUGUAACAAUAAAAGACUAUUAAUUAUUGGGAUAUAUUAACUUAAUUACUUAUUGGAAUAUAAUAGAUGCACAAAUUAGGAUUUAUUGGUAGAAGUAUCAAAUAUGAGGAAAUUAAAGUUGUUGAUAAUCUUUUAAUUUACAAAACUUUUGGAUAUGCAGAUAGUAUGAAUUAGGCUCCAGAAAAUAAAUAUUUAAAAUUAACAACUUAUGAAACAGAUAUUUGGUUAGUAGGUGCCAUUAUGUGGUAAAUUAUAUCUAAAAGAUCUAUAUAUGAUGAUUAACAAAUAAAGGAUAAUAGGAAUGAAAUAAAAUUAUCUUUUAAUUUCUAAAUAAAUGAACUUAAUAUAGAAGAAGAUUUAUAUUAAUUGCUUUAAAAAAUGCUUUCAAUUUAUUAAAAUAAAAGAAUAUCUUUAGUUUAAAUCUUUUAACAUCCAAAACUUUUAAUUACUCCUAUUGAGAAAGAAACUAUCUCAAAUUUUUACAAAAAAAUAAAAUUAAAAGAUUUAUUAAAUUUUAGAAAGAAUUCAUUUUUAAGAGAUUAUUUACUUUAUAUUAAAUAAGAAACCAUAUAACCAAAAAUAUUUAUCUAUUAUUUAGAAGAUACUCCUAUUUUGAAAUUAUUUUAUCAAUCAUAUAUUGAAAUUUAACUCCUUAAUUUUGCAUAUCAUUUAUCAUUUUACUUUCCUAAUUCAGAUCCUGAAAUUUUAAAAGAAUUAAAUGGAUUGAUAAUUUAAAAGAUGAUUCUAAUAUCUAAAUAAUUAAAAUAAUUAAUAACAUUGAAUUAAUUACCAAGUUAAUUUCAUGGUUAAGAGGAAUUAUAUCUUAAUGACAUUAAUUAUUCAAAAUUAAAAAAAUAAAUCGUCUUAUAGGAGAAUAGGCUAUUAUAUAUGAAUAAAAAUUUCUUUUAGGACUCUGCAUUAUUAACAAUGUAAGAUAUUGAUAACAAAUUUAAUACUUAUUCUACAGAUGGAAGUUAUUCUAUUAUGAGUGUUAUAUUGAUCAAUAUUCUAAAUAAUAGUAGAGUUAAUUAAAAAUCCAAUAUUUACAUCUAGUCAGUUACAUUAGAAUAAAUGUUUGAAUAUGAAGUUCAGAAAAGACUUUAAUGA